UUUUUCAUAAGGGAAGUGAAAUAAAUAAACUUUAUGUUAUUAUAUAAUAAUGUUUAAAUUAAUAGAUGCCGAAAAGCUUUCGGGAAUUAUCUUCACGGCAAAAAAAUCGGCGUCUUCAAGCAUAUGAAAGACAUGAGCGUCAACCAAUUGUACAUUGUGUCGAUAGACCUACAAUCAGUAUACAAGUCGCUAGUUCAGAGUCACUGGCUCAUGUAAAUGUGCCUACAAGGCAGUGUAUUCUACCUGAUGACUCUAAUUCAAAUAAUACCUCGAAUAUAUUUUGUACCGACGUUGCAAGUUCUCAACAGGGAGAUGAAGAAAAUAUCGAAGAAAAUAUUAAUAAAACUUUAGAGCUUUCAAAUUGGUUACGUUCCUGGAAACUAAAACAUAAUAUUACUCACACUGCAUUGUCAGAACUGUUGCGUAAAUUGCGUACAUGUGGUUACUUCGAUCUACCAAUGGAUGCAAGAACACUUUUAAAUACGCCGAGAAAUAGUAUCGUAGAAGUAUCGGCAGAAAAUGGAAGUUUUUUCCAUUACGGUUUGAAAAAGGCAAUAAGUGAACAAUUAGCACGCACCAAGUUUAUGGUGAAAAAUGAAGUUAUUUUGAUAGACUUGAAUAUAGAUGGACUGCCAAUAUCAAAAAGCAGUAAAAGUCAAAUUUGGCCAAUAUUGGGCAAAAUUUACGGUGACAAGGCAUUUACACCAUUUGUAAUUAGUGCUUAUCAUGGGUACUCAAAACCAUCUUCUGUAGAUACAUUUUUAACACCUUUUUGCCAAGAAUAUAAUAUUCUCCGAAAUACAGGACUCAUUUUCGACGAGAAAAGGUACACUGUACAAAUUAGAAGUGUAAUUUGCGAUAGUCCUGCAAGAGCAUUUGUAACUUGCGUAAAAUCACACAAUGGUUAUUUUGGAUGUGGAAAAUGUAUGCAAGAAGGCACCUAUUCUAACCAUCAUAUGUUAUUUUUGGAAUCUACUGCACCUCUUCGAACUGAUCAAAAUUUUAACAUUAGAAUACAAAAAGAUCAUCAUACUGGUGUAUCUCCUUUCGAGUCAAUACAACUGCCAAUGGUUUCGCGGUUCCCUUUAGAUUACAUGCACUUGGUAUGUCUAGGGGUCACAAAGAAAUUGUUGCUAUUGUGGUUAAAUGGAUAUCAGACAUCAAGAUUAAGUGGAAGAAAAAUAGCAGAGUUAUCGGAAAUGUUAAUUACUAUGUCCAAAUGGGUACCGAAGGAAUUUGCUCGAAAACCACGUUCUCUAGAUGAAUUGAAUCGUUGGAAAGCAACCGAAUUGCGUGAAUUUUUAAUGUACCUUGGACCAAUUGUGCUGCUAAAUAUUUUGCCUGGAGAUAAUUUACUGCACUUUAAUGCGUUAAAUUGUGCAAUACGGAUAUUGUGUCAUCCAAUUGAUUGCUUUCGUAAUAAUCAAUAUAGCAGAGAUUUAUUGAUUCAAUUUGUAGAAAUAUUUAAACAGUUGUAUGGCGACGAUGCUAUAAUUUACAAUGUGCAUAAUUUACUUCAUUUAAAUGAAGACGUACUGAUAUUUGGACCAUUGGAUAAUUUUUCUGCCUUUCCUUUCGAGAACUACAUGCAAUCAAUAAAAAAAAUGCUGAGAAAAGCUGAUAAACCAUUACAACAGUUAUACAAAAGAAUUUCAGAAAAUUGUAAUGAAACUUCUCAAUAUGUUGAUAACAAAUGUAGUACACCUAUAUUGAAAAAAAAGUGUUCGAAACUUCCUCCAAUGAAUUGUACUAAUGCUUAUCGUAUGAUUCAAUUCAGCGACUUUAUGCUGACGAACAAGAAGCCAAACAACUGUUGUUAUCUCAAAGAUAAAACAAUUGUUGUUAUUGAAUAUAUUUGUUAUAACGAAGAAGAAAGAGCCGUGAUUAUUGGUAGAAAAUUUUUGGCAAAAAAUUCUUUGCGCUUCUAUCCUUGCGAGUCACAAAAUAUGGAUAUAUAUGUGGUUAAAAAUUUAUCGGAUCUAAUGAUGUGGCCAAUUACAGAAAUAAUAAAUAAAGCCGUUCAGCUUCCAUUGAAAGACAAAACUUCCUGGUGUUGCAUGCCGUUAUUACAUUCAUCAUUAAAAUAAAAUAACAAGACAGAAUGUCCUCAUGCUGCUUAUUUUUCGUCGUUUAUAAAUGGCGUUUUACGUUGUGUUAUAUGAUACGUACAGUAUAACAGUACCAACUAAAUGGAUAGACUUUGCGC